UAAUGUCAGUGAGGGUUUAAGGCAAUUCUUCUUCUUCUUCCUUCUUUUUUUUUUCCCCUUCUCCAAAUUCAAAACUACAUUCAAUGGCUCUUUCUUUUCUUCUCCUCAAACGCUUAUCAUCUUCCUUUAAACCAAAACCCCAUCUUUUCACCCUUUCAUUAAUCAAAACGAAAACUUUCUCUUCUUUUUCACCUUCAGAUUCCACAACAAACGGCACUACUACACCCUCUAAACCUUCUUCUUUAUCAGCUCGUAUGAGCUUCGUAUUCGAUCAAAUAGACGCCAUUGAGAAAGAACGGGCCGAAAAGGACGAAACCCUUCAACGUAUUCGGGCCUGGCGUGAAUCCAAGAAGGCAAACCAAGCCCAAGCCCAAACCCAAGCCCCGAAUCAGGACCAAGAACCGGAUGAUUCAAGAUCGGUUUUUUCUGAGGUGGGGUUAUCGGAAAUGGAGAUGGAAUCGAAAAAGAAUGAUGGGUUUGAUGGGGGUGGGUUGAUGAGUAAGAAGGUGGAAUUGGUGCAUCCGUGGCCUGAGUGGAUUGAGUUAAUGGAGAGGUUGGUUCAGCAUAAUUACUUUGAUCAUAAGAGAAAAGAUGAGGAUAAAAUGAUUGAGGAUUUGGGGUUUAGUUUACCUGACGUUGCUGAAGAUGAGGGGUUUGAUUUUACUAGGGAUUGGAAGACCGUUCAGACCGCCAUUCUCAAUUUUGGCAAAGAUCGUUUUGAUAUAUUAAGGUCAUUGUCGAGACAGGAUCUUCAAAUUUUGGUUGGUUAUGGAUGCCCUAGUGCAGACAAGAAGGUGGUUUUUUCUGCCAAGUUAUUGAGGAAACAUGUCCAUCUGGACGAAGGAGAUGUUUGCAGUUCUUGCAAUUUGAGGAGUUCUUGUGAAAGGGCAUAUUUACUUACCAACAAGGAGGAUGAAGCAAGGACGAUAGAUAUUAUGCGUGUCCUCCUGACUUAUGGUUUUGAUGCAAUUAAUGGAUCAGUUGUUAAUGAGAGCCUGAUGAAGAAGAAAUCUGUAAAGACUGUUGUUCGUAAAUUGCUUCACGAAGUAGUGAAGUUGAGUGCUGUUCCAAUAGAUCCAAAUCUUCCGCCUCCAGUUUUUAAAAAACCACCUCCAAAGGUGAAGCAGCCACCUCCCCCUCCUAGAAAACGAGUAGGACGUGACGACAUUGAGAUGAAAAAGGGAGAUUGGCUUUGUCCAAAGUGUGACUUCAUGAAUUUCGCGAAGAAUACCAUAUGCUUACAAUGUGAUGCCAACCGGCCAAAGAGACAGCUGCUUCCAGGAGAGUGGGAAUGUCCCCAGUGUAAUUUCUUGAAUUAUAGGAGAAAUGUGGUAUGUUUUCAUUGUGAAUGCAAGCGCCCAGCUGAUGGCUAUAUGGUUGCUCAACAGCAGGAGAGGCAACAAGGACCCAGGACACAGAUGGAUAAAAUAUCUCGGCGCCAAGAUGUUUCUAAUGCAUGGAAUUUUGAUUUUGAUGAUGAUGAAUCAGAUGGUGCGGACGUUGCUGCCUUCGAGAAUGCAGAUUCUCAGAAACUGGAUGAAGGUUUCCCCCUAGAUAGGCAACCGCAAAGGAAUACUUCUAGGAGCAAUGAAGAUGGCUUCUACAAGAGCAGUAGGCUUCCAAGAGGUUACGAAACUGAAUACCCCGCACCUGGGAAACCAGGGGUAGGAUUUAAUGAUUUUGACGAUGAAGAAGAUGAUGUUGACAGCUAUGAGGUAGACAGUAAUGGAGCAAGCAGAAGUUCUAGAAUAGAUUACUCAGAUAUUGAGGUCAAUUCUGAAUCUGACGAUGAUGAUAGUGUUGAUGACACUUUGCUUGCUGGUAGAAGGAAUAGUUCCCUCGCAAGUGAUGCACAUUUUAGACCGAGGCAUCAGAAAGGGGCUUUUCGUGAUUCUGAGGAUGUUGAAGUGGAUUUUGACACAGAUGAUGAACUUCCAAUUGAAACUAAUAUGAAAUCUAGCCAUGUUUCUUAUUCUAAACCAAGAUCUAGGAACAAAGGUGCCACAAGUUUUAACUCAGAUGACGAUUAUGGCCUCAGCUCCGACUCCGAUAAUAGGGAUGUCCGGAGUCAGCAGAAUAUAGGGAAUAAAUGGGGAUCAAGAAGGGAUUUUGGAAGGAGAAGCAGUGCCUACAGUGAAGAUGAGCCCUUCUCUGACUUAGAGAGCAACAAUGGUAGGUCAUUUCACAAAAAUAAGCAAAGAGGUGGUAAGACAGGUCAAAGGGAUUUUGGAAGGAGAAGCAGCUCCUACAGUGAAGAUGAGCCCUUCUCCGACUUGGAGAGCAACAGUGGUAGGUCAUUUCACAAAAAUAAGCAAAGAGGUGGUAAGGCAGGUCAAAGUGGCAGAAGAGACUCAUACGAAGGCCGUGGUGAUAGGAUAAGAGACAAAAGAACCUCUUUUAAGGAUAACAUGAAAAGAACUCCCAGAGACUCACGUGGAAGCAGUAGCAGAAGCCAAGAUAACAGAUAUGAUGAUUAUAGAAGCCGUGGACGUGAAGAAUCUUAUAAACAGCUACGAGGAAGAAAUAGUAAUUAUGGUGAUCGAUCAGAUAGUUACUUAGAUGAUGAAAGACAUAGGAGGCCUAGAAUAAACGUACGAUAAGUCUCGACAUUCAGCUUAUCAUUUCAAGAGUUGAUUUGCUGCAGGAAUUGGACUGUGGGUUUCCUGAGUGAGUAAAUGGAUUAACGAAGGGCUUUCUUGAAGUUGGAAACAGCAUGCCAACUUCUGAAUAGCUAUCACCACGUCAACUUGAGAGCCGGGAAGCUUCUUACACUAAGAGAUGAGCUACAAGGAAAAAUAUUUCAGUGACUGAGUAUAUACAAGCUAAUUUACAAAGUUGAUUGGCGAAAGCUUCAUACAAAUAAGCAACUGGGAAGAAGUAGUGAUUCCCAGGUGAUGACUUCCUUGUAGAGCAACCCUAGGCUUGACCUGCAAAGGUGCUAUAUCUUUAAUCUUCUUUGAAGUGUUUCAUUUAGUUCAGAUGAUGAUAACAUCCACGUGUUGUACCUAUAAACAUUUUUCUAUAAACAAUAAUUUGCUAACUGUUUA